GGAAGAUUCGUCUUGAGUCUCCAGUGCAUUUGCCUACACCUCUUGCCAUCGCACAUCGUCUGAGCAAUGGAUCAUCUGCUGGGUUUGGUCGGCGACGGGUACGCUCUCGUUGCAGCUGACCGCAACGUGAAUCACUCGAUCAUCGCGGUGAAGCACGACGAGGACAAAAUCCUCAAACUUGACAAUAGCAAGCUGUUGGGAUGCGUUGGUGAGCUGGGAGACACCAAGAACUUCUCCGAGUACGUCCAAAAGAACAUGGCCCUCUACGCUCUCAGGAAUGGCUGCCACCUGAGCACGCAUGCUGCUGCUCAUUUCGUCCGCGGAGAGAUCGCGCAUGCCAUUCGUCACUCCCCUAAGAUGUGCAACAUGAUUCUUGUGGGGUUUGACGGGGACAGCGGCCCCAGCCUGUAUCACAUCGACUACUUGGGAGGCAUGCAUAGGAUGAACUAUGGAGCCCACGGCUAUGGCGGGUUCUUUGCUUCCUCCCUCAUGGAUAGAUUAUGGCGUCCUAACAUGCCGCUGGAGGAGGGGAUCCAGCUCAUGAAGAAGGCGUUCGCCGAGAUCAACCAGCGCUUUCUGGUUGGCGGAGCCACCUUCACUCUGAAAGUGGUGGACAAGGACGGGACUAGAAUCAUUGACCUGGGAGAGCAGAACAACAGCAUGCAGACAUGAAAGGACUUGGACGUGUGAGAUUUACAAUGAGAUGUUGGGAUUGCGGCGACCGUGCCGAGUUUCAGCAGUGCGCCAUUCAGCAAGGUUUAACUAGAUUCAAGCUCGUACAAUCGGCAUCAAUACAGGAAAAGGGAAACCG